AUGCCGUUGGUUGCAGCAGCUGCGGCCACGGCAGCCUUGGAGGUUGAUACCAAUACGUACAUGGAUGAUUUGAAAAACAGCAACAAGCUGCAUAGUAUUCCGGAUUUUAAUACAGUUAACAAGCUAUUUAGUUCAAAUGAAAGCGCAGCUAAAUUCCUUCUUGCAGAAGGUGUGAUAUCACCUCCAACAGUUUGCCCCAAGUGUGCAAAUCCGGUGAAGCCGGACCUAAAGAAAGGCAAAGUGAGAUGCCGAAACAGGAACUGCCGACACGACGGAGAGUGGCAACAAUCUAUCUACAAAGGCACCUUCUUUGAAGGUUUCCAUAGCAGCAAGGGAGCCUUGAUGCUCUUCUGCUAUCAUUGGCUUUGUGGCGCCACAGACAAACAACUAGCAAUUUACACUGGUUGGGGAAAACAAAAAAUUCAACUCUGGAGCACUUACUUACAUCAAGUCUGUUGCGCCGUCGUUUUAGAUGAGCAGGGGCAAAUUGGAGGAGAUGGUGUGGUGGUUGAGAUUGAUGAAUCCAAAUUUGGCAAGAGGAAGUACCAUCGAGGGCACAGAGUGGAGGGUGUUUGGGUGUUUGGAGGAGUGGAACUUACACCAGAGAUGAAAGUUUUUGCUGUUGCUGUUCCCAUGAGGGAUUCGGAAACUUUGCUGCCAUUAAUUGUCAAGUUCAUUGCCCCCGGCUCCAUUAUUCGCAGUGACUGCUGGCCCUGUGGUUUUUGA